UGCGCAUGAUUUAGACGUCAGGACUAAAGACCUUCCUGUUCCUCGUGUCAUAACAUUUAACUGGUUAAACUGGCACUGACACCAGUGGAGUGCAAGCUGAAUUAAACGUGUGAAUCGCGGGUUUCCUGGUUGAAGCCAUGCCUCGAUACGAGCUGGCCCUGAUCCUGAAGGCGAUGACCCGGCCGGAGACAGCGGCUACUCUCCGGCGGACUGUCGAGACCUUGAUGGAGCGGGGCGCGGUGGUGAGACACCUGGAAAACCUAGGAGAGAGACUACUGCCCUACGAGAUCACCAAACACAACCAGAGGCACGACCGAGGGGCUUACUUUCUGGUCGAUUUCUACGCAGCUCCUAACAUCCUCACAGCCUUCCUGGAUCACCUACACCGAGAUGUGGACGUGGUGAGGCCCACCGUGCUCAAGAAGGACCCCCAGGUGUCCGGUCAGACCUGCUGUGGACCCCAGCAGUGAUUGAAUGGUUCACAGCUCAUGUCCAGAAGAUGUACAGUGUGAUGCUUUCCUCAAUGAACUUUUCCAUAGAUUUUGACCUGCAUUUGGAUGUUAUGUCAUAAAUAAACCACUUUUUUCU